GUGACAGAAGCAGUCACCGAUGUCACAGCCGGCACCCCCCAAAACGUCAAAUCCUCCCUCAGUUGUCAAACAAACCCCAAAAAAUGGAUGCUGCAAAGGCGACCUUACUCCCAGACAACGUUUUAGAAGUAAUAUUCUCGUUUUUGUCGUUGCACGAUCUCAGAAACUGUUCGUUAGUGUGCAAACGAUGGUACGACUUCUUGAACGACGAGAAUAACGACGUAUGGAGACUCCACUGUAUCAGGAAACUUGCUGAGGAGGCACUGAAGUCCGACCUGCUAUCUUCAGUGCCCACGUACAAAGCAAAGUUACGGGCCUUCUACCAUGCCUGGAAUCCUAAUGACUGCUCUAGGAACAUCUACAUAAAGCCCAAUGGGUUCACAUUGCACAGGAAUCCUGUGGCACAGAGUACUGAUGCUGCUAGGGGAAAGAUAGGGUUUCGGCAUGGAAGACAUGCAUGGGAGGUGAUCUGGGAGGGCCCAUUGGGCACAGUGGCAGUAAUAGGCAUUGCCACAAAGGAUGCGCCUUUGCAGUGUCAUGGGUAUGUUGCAUUGCUAGGUUCUGAUGAUCAAAGCUGGGGCUGGAACCUGGUUGACAACCAUUUGUUGCAUAAUGGAGAUGCACAGGGGAACUAUCCAUUACUGAAUAAUGCUCCAAAAUAUCAGGUAGGAGAAAGGAUAAGAGUUAUUCUAGAUUGUGAUGAUAACACCUUGUCCUUUGAGAAGAACUAUGAGUUUUUAGGAGUUGCAUUUAGAGGACUACCAGACAAGAAACUAUAUCCAACAGUUUCGGCUGUAUAUGGUAAUACAGAGGUAUCGAUGGUAUAUUUGGGCCCACCUUUAGAUGGCUAACAGAACCUAAUACUGUUAGCCUAAAAUGAAUAUGGAGAGAGAAACACAUGUCUGCCUCUAAGAUGGUUAGUCAAUAGAGAUGGUCAUUUGAGGAAAUUGAUCAUUAUGGGUGAUCAGAAAAGAUCUGGUUUAUGAUUAUAUUCCUAGCAGAUGCAUGUAUUCAUGGUUUUUUGAACAAUUAGACAAAACACAUUUUUUCAGUUUGCAUAAACAAUCAUAAACACGUGUAUUUGAUAGUCGGAGACUAUACAAGAAAUCCUGAAAUUACUGUACAUAGCACUGUGAGAAGAAUUUAUUUUAAUGAGAUUUGUUUUUUUUAUACACUACCUAGGAACUUUUUAUUGUGAAAUUCAACUUUGGCUAAGCAUGCACAUAUUUCUUUCCUAAACCGCUAUAGCUCCUGUUUUUGGACUGCAGAUUAUAGAGAUGAUGAAAAAAGGGAAAAGUGAUAUUUGCCAGGUUUUUCUGAAUUGAGGUUUGUUUUGCCACAUUCUUGCGAGUUACGUACUUACCGAACAAGUAUCGUUAUUAUUUUGUAGACAUUUACUGGAAAUGCAGUAGUUACCAAUAAUUGGCCUAGAAUUCAAUACAUUUUAUUAUAUUCUAUCGAAAAUUUCUUUGAAUUGUUUGAAAAAUCUAAAUUUUUUUAUAGAUCGGCAUCUAUUUAGACAGUUGACAUGUGGUCGACAGUUGACAUGCGUUUGACAUCAGUUUCGUCCAAUAUUGCAGCGACGUUGCCACAUCUAAUUAAUCUCGUGAAAUUCAGGGUAGACUGCUCUAUAAUCAAAUCCAAGCGAAUAACCAAAAUUUCUGUAUUAUGUACCGCGGUUAUAAUAUGGUUCAAGAUGACACAUGGGAUGAUGACGUCAGUUCGUCGAAUCGCUUGAACGCGUUGGUUUUAACCGCGGUUUGUUGCAAGUUGUUUAUUUUAGAAUAGCGCGUAUAUCAUUUCUGAUUAUGUUUAUUAUCACUAAGGUCCGUAUCGUCAGUCGUCCCUACAAUUGUAGGGCGCGUUUAUGGCCUCCUUGAUUGUCAUACUCCUUUCUCUCUUUCAGAAUUUUCUAGUUUACUCUUGUCCCGUGUCAGCGUCAGCGCUCUCCUAUUGUGAAGAUAUGUUUUCUUUUUAAAUUGUAGGAAAUUUAAGGCUGAUAAAACAUGAUAUAACUCAAAAGCAAGCACAAUUUGACGCAAAUAGAUGUUUGUGACAUAACCUCAAAAUAGAGUUCUGACACGGAGAAGUAGAAAACUAUGAAAAUCAAGGAGGCCAUAAAGGCGCCCUACAAUUGUAGGGACGACUGACGAUACGGGCCUUAAUAAUCGGUGCUUUUUCGUCUACAACUAGAACUAGAUUUAAAGUGUCCGCAACAACAGUAUGAUUAUAAAUAAUAAGGUGCUCUCUUAUGCUAAAACUGAAGUCGGCCUGUAUCAAGUUUCCCAAAAAUGAAGCUGAAGUACAAUAAAAAUAUCCAAUACCCGGCAAAAUUCUAACUUUUCACAUGUUAAAUAAUAACCAGAAAUAUAAAACUACUCCUGAGUUGGGUAAAUACCACAACUUUGCGGUGAUAACUAUGACAUAUAACAGCUGAUUCAUGACGUCGCGGAUCUUAUAACUAAACUGAUAACCACAGUCGCUUGAACGGAUCGGUAAAUACCAAUUCAAAUGGUAAAUACCAUUUUCAUUUGGUUAGCCGCUUGAAUUUGAUUUAUAGUUACGAAUCAUAAAAAAUGGCAUCUUCGGUGAGUGACAAUGGGAAAGAAAAAGCGUGAGCUAUAACCAAAGUGGAAUUAAUGAGGUUUUGUAAUACAUUGAACAAACCUACCUUAUUCGUUUCUAAAAUCGACAGAGCUCGACAAUGAUCAGUUUCUGCCGUCUCUAUUCCAUUGGUAGGUCUGGUUUGCCCAUGUGAUAUAAUAUCCUUUUGAUAGUCUGUAAUCUUUUGGAUAUACUGGUGUUGUUGUGAAAUCAUGGUUGUAGCAACAGCUGGGGAAAGUUUUGAUUCAAGGCUUUGAUUGGAGUAGAUUGCAAAAUUAUUAGUUGAAUAUAUUAAUAGUUCAAGACUAAAUUCGUAUUUAAAAAUCUUGACUGAUUUUUCGUUUAAUGUUUUUUUGACGAAUAAAUUUAGGUAAAACCUAGUAGGAUGGCAACGUCGACAACCAGCAUCCCCGCGAGGUACCGUGACUGGUGUUGUUGGCGGUAGUUCAAAUGACCGGUAGAGCUAAAUAUUGAAAAUGAGGCUAGUUCGCCACCCUAGUUUGACAGAAUUUCUGCUAUGCCAGAGUGCGUAGUUACAAAGGUAAAAGUAAGUAAAAAGAGGAUCACAAAUCUGAAUUUGAAACCUGAAUACUAGCAAUGGAAGCUGAGAAGCUUAUAGAAGAUAUUUCUGAUGAUGAACAAAUAGAAGCUAUCGAUGAAGUGGAUGGCGAAAAUGAAGUUGCAUUUGAUGAAGAAGAGAUGUUCGAACAAAUGAGAGACACGGUUUCCUGUUUACAGGAUCAGUUGAACCGCUUCCGGAGAGUGUUCAAUGUUGUGCGACUAUCAGUAAUUCCUUUGGAGGAUUUUCGAAAGUUUUUACCCAGUUACCUUACACUUUUGCGUUUGGCACAAGAAAUAGAACUAGUUCACUGUGCUGUUCUGGAUCUCAAAGAAGAACUUGCUGAAUUGGAAGAGAAAUAUUAUGAAUGAAAUCAAUGUUGCAUCAUAGUUAAGUUUCAAUAAAGGGUUUUUUCAAUGGCUGCAUCUGGUCUACUAUAAUUUCAUGUUGUAUCAUACGUAAGUGUCAAUAAAGGAAUAUUUUCAAUGAGUGCAACUGGUGUACUCCAAUCAAAGUCUCUCGGAUGAAGAGGUCUAUUGACUUUACAAGGUUAUGCGAAAUUAUAUACAAUUUAUGGAAUAGUCCAUAUCCAUAUAUAAUCCUUAUUCCCAUAAACUUCCUACAGGUAUGAUUUGUAUUAUUUUGGAUAUGGCAUGUUUACUGCAUUUUCAGUUUACUGAUUUAAUACAGUAUUAGACAUUAUUUUUUUAAUGCAGUGCCAAUUUUUUUAUUUUUCACACUUCAGAUCAAAUAUCCUUCCAUCAGAACUUAAAAUUAUAUAUAGUAUAUUUAUAGUAAAGUUAAAGCACUUGAUGUAUGUAUAGAAAGCAAAAUCACCAUACUGAGGUAAGUUCAAUUUGAUUUUACCUCAUUUUUUUUUUAAUUCAGUUAUUCAAACUGUCCAGUUUAUUAAAAAAAAUCAUAUGCUGCCAGAUAUUUAUUUAUUUUCUGAAAGACAAAAUGCCUGCAUACCUGCUAAGGAAAAAGUUCGAUAUAACAAAUUUAGGGCUAAUGGCAUUGAUUCUCUGUGUAUACAAAGAAGGCAUUGCAUGGAAAAUGUUAUACUAGAUUCUAUAACUGCUGUAUAAAGCAUUUCUUACAAGAAAGUUAGAGGGCUUUAUAACAGGAUACCUGUUUAAAGCGUCUGGCAGAUCUUUUGGUCAGCAGGAAGUGUCUGGCAGUGCUGAAUAUUGCUUUAAAAUAAUUCAUUCAUAAUUCAAGACAGUAUUGUUUUUACUUAACCUUUCACACCUGAUAGCAAAAACUCGGCCAACAUAGCAAGUACACAGGCGUUGAAUGUAAAAUACAGGUUUAUUUUUCAGAAAAUAAGUAAUAUGUGGAAGCCUUGGUAUCUUACUCUAUAAAAGAAUAGUACAGAAAAUAAUUCUGUAAACCUUCGAAGUGAGGUACAAGCAUGAAAAAUCACCCCAUUUUCGUACAUCAAACAAAAAUUUCAAUCUGCACGUUAUUUAUUUUGAGUUAUGAAAGUGAUUAACUUGUGCUUAGUCUUUAUGAAUGUCCUAAAAUGUUUGCUCCGAUUGUUCUAUAGUUUUUAAUGUGAAAUUUUAGUCAAAAAAACCAAGUCAGAAAUGACAAAUAGAAAUGUUAAAGCCUAAUAAAUUGGUCACAUUGAUUACAUAAAAAUACUUCCUCAGCAUUGUACCCCUGAGUUACGACUGAAAUCAAAUUAGUUUGACCAUUAUGAUAUGUGCAAUUAUUGCUGUAGUAUUAUUCUAGAAUUAAGUUUUACCGUGACCUCUAUUAUUUUCAAGAUGCAACAUGGAUAUCUAAAAAUUGAGAAGGCAACAGAAUCCCGUUUUUUCGAUUCGUUUUACGCACCUUAUUAAUUUACUAUAUGUAAGGUGCAUCUGUGUAAGUUAAACUAAACUUAUAUGAUAUUUUGAAUGGAAUUAAUCUCAAAACCUAUAGAAAUGCGAUAUUUAUAAACAUUGAUGAACGUUUAAAAGAUUUUUUCGUCAGUGUUAAUGAAAAUUUGUCACUUUUGGAAGCAAGACGCGUUGGUCAUUCCAUAUAGAGCAGUAUAGUUUCUAACAAUCAUUAUCACUGCAUAUAGGUCUCUUCAAGGUUUUUGGCAGGUCACAGUGGAGGGUGCGUCUUGGGAAUCUGAACCCCCUUCGACAUAUCCGGAUAAAAAAGUUUGGAACGUUGUUUUUCAAUUUGCACGCGACCCACUUCGCCGCAAGACGGGCAUCUUUCUGGUCAUAAAUCCUGAGUCAUCGCCCCCUCCCCAACCCCCCAAGAAUGUUUAAAUUCAUAAGAUUCUCCCAAAAUAAAAAUACAACUACAGGAAUUACUUUCAUGCAUGUUUUUUUUUCUUUAUGGGCCUCAGAAUCUGGGAGUUAGGGUGCCGCACAUCUCCACAAUUCAGAUCUAGCUAGAAGCAAAAAAACAGACACGUCACUAGUUUCUUGAGAAACAGGUACCCUAUUAGGUAAAUUUUGCUGUAUGCCUGAGGUAGAUGGGAUGUAUGAAAGUAAUACAUGUAGUUUUACUGUAACCCGCCAAAACCGGUAAAAGUCCUAUAUCUUGAAAUUUGUUAAAGUGGAUGUAUCAAAAAAUGGUUUUAUACGUAGAUUGGCUUUAGUUGCAACAUUUUGCCUUUUUUGUACCAUUGUUGCCUUAGGUGUUAUAAGUGUAUUUUUGUUCUGUGAUAUUUUUUUGUACAAACUUUAUUUUUGGCAUUCGUUGCUUUUUAUGAUAAUCAUUUUGCUAGUCUAAUUCUUAAACCAACCGCCAGGUUCGGUUUGAUGAUCUUUUAAAUACAAUUGUAAUUAUAGGGAUAAGAAAAAAUCGUGAAACCUUUGAGUUAAAUCCUGCUACAUACAGAUAGUUGAUUCCAAUUUUACAAUUUCCUACAAUAAAAUUAUAUACUUUUUAAGACAACUUAGUCCUUUUGUACAAAGUAAAUGGAUAAGCAAUUAUUGAAAAGUCAAAGUUCUAGUUUUAUAGAACUAUUUUGAGUAGUAUAUAUGUUGAAGAAUGAAUUCGCAGUUGUAGAAGUACCUAUAUUUUUAAAAUUUUGCACCUUGUUGGAAUAGUUACGUAAUUUUUUAUAUAAUCGUGCAAAAUUUGAUAAGGUGCAUCUAAAAAGGUGUAUUUAUGUGAACAUAGUGAUACAAUAAAAAUGUACCAACCUUUAAA